AUGCCCCGAGUCAAAGUGUUGCGAUCUGGCCGCGAAAUACUGGUCCCUGACCAGCCUUCGCAAGAGGAUACGUCCUCGGCUGCAACAGCGUUAGGCACACUGUCUAACAAUGGCAUUGAGUCAGAUGAAGAAGAAAGAUCUGUGACCCCAGCCCCUGUAGAUGCUGGAAAUGGUGCUAACGUGGACUUCCCAGAUUUAGCCCAGCACAUGCUGGGCACUAUCCAGGAUAUAGUCCGCGACAUGGGACUCGAUAAAGGGUCUACAACAUACAAGGCAUUUGCGAUGGACAAUAUUGCAGAUGGAACAUACAAGGGGAAGCUAUCAAGCUUUCUCGCCAAGAACCACCCAGAGCCAGAACGGUCACUUGUUCCUGUUGGCGCAUUCGCUUCCAACAAUGAACGAUCAACCUGGGAUACACAUUGCCCAAAGAUUGAUGGUCUUUGGGGGAAAUAUGUACAGUCAGUCGAGCCAUUACUUGGCGACGACUAUGACCUUUCCUGGCUAUGUAAGCCGUCUGGUCCUUUGGUUGCGCGUCUUCUUGUGCUCUGGCACUAUCCCACAAUCAAUACACCAAACAAGACCUUCUCGCAUUCAAUGGACCAGGGUAAUCCAUCCCUCAGGUCACAAAAGUACAAGAUUGGUCUACCAGACGACGUCCGCACCCAGGAUGUCAAUCCCAUUCGAGUGCCGUACAGCCAUGGCGUGAAGCCUGAAUGGGAAAAGCAAUUCAACAACUGGGAUCAGAUCGAGCGCCUCAACUACAAAUUCACUGUAGCGACAUGCCUCGACGUCCCUUUUGUCCUUGUCCUCGGCAAACAACCAUUCGAGGUCCUCAAGUUGGCUCACCGAAGCCGACAAUGGACUCUUCAAGCCUUGGACAUAAAAUUAAAGGCCGAGCAUCAGAUGUUCCAACAGCCACUUCGCGUCUACCUCUCCGUCAGCCCUGGCGGUAAUGUCAAGCAAGUGGUUAUAAGGUGCUUUCAUGCUGAGUACGCCUUUUACACCCCCAAAUUAGUCCACGGUGCAAUGAUGGACUUCAUGUGGAAUCUGGCCUGUGAGAUCGCGGGUGUGUCGGUUCACAACUCGACAUACUUCUCCUUCAAGGUCAACAGCAACAGUGGCAGAAUCUUCGAUUCAGCUAAAUCUGAGAUGAAGAUCAACGCCACGUCCAUGCUCCACCAGUUAUGGAAACGCGAGCUGGAGUCUGAUCGGCAAAUCACCAUGGAAGAAGUUGAGAUAUACUUUGCUUCCAAGAUUGCCGCCGUUCCAGGCCUUCGACAAUCCAUCGAGGAUUGCGCACAACAGGGCGAAUCACUCUUGUCACCCAUGUGGAAAUUGUCAAGAGACCGUGGGGCAGAAACUCUGCGCGACCGAAACCAGAAGCGCAAUCAGCUUCUACCGCCGCCAAAGGCUCCAGCCCGUAAACGGUUGAAGAACGAAAACAAUGAUGGCGGACAGUCUAAAAAGGCUUCGCAUUCUUGGCAGAUGUCAACCGCUGGCCAAGCAGCCUUAGCUGGGCAAGCAAAGGGCCGCCAAACUAUAGCUAACAGGAUGGAAGCCAAGUAUCAAGCACUCUUGAAUCUCCAUCAAAUACGGCAGCUUGAAAUUGCCCGAGUCAGUGGGACUCUGACAGGGUCGCAAAGUCAGGCAAUGACACGCCUGAAUGCAAUCAAGCGUUACCAUGAUAGCGAUGACCGAAAUAACCUUACCAAUUCCUUGGCAAGGUAUACGAUCUUUUAUCAUCCAAUUAAAUACCCUAGGGGUGUUCGUUUUGAGGGCGACGGAGGUCCACCACAAGAAGUUGACCCUUAUGCCAAUCAAGAUCAUCCUGCCUGUGUUAUUCUACUGGGUAGCCGUCUCCUUCGCACCAGUGAGCAAAAGAAUGCUCUGGCUGGGCCGGAGACAUAG